AGGUACCUUGGAGUAGGCUUUGUCAGGACCCAGUUGUAGUUCAUCUGGAUCGUAUUUUUUUGUUAGUUGAACCUGCAACGCAAGUUCAAGGGUCCACUAAAGAUGCCAUUCAAGAAGCUAAGAAAAGCCGAGUGCGGGAAAUGGAAAUGAUGCUGGUAGAGAAGGCUCAACAAUUAAAGUCUGAAGUGAAUCAAUCAUGGUUGGGUUCCCUUAUCAACACUAUAGUUGGAAAUUUGAAACUCUCAAUUUCAAAUAUUCAUAUCAGAUACGAGGACAGUGAAAGCAAUCCUGGUCACCCAUUUGCAGCAGGUGUGACCUUGGAGAAACUCUUAGCUGUGACAGUUGAUGACAAUGGGAAUGAGACUUUUAUUACUGGUGGUUCACUAGACCGUAUACAAAAGUCUGUUGAACUUGACCGACUUGCACUUUAUUUGGAUUCUGAUAUAAUCCCAUGGCAUAUUGACAAGCCAUGGGAGGAUUUGCUUCCUUCUGAGUGGGUCUAGGUUUUUAGAUAUGGCACUAAAGAAGGCAAACCUGCUGAUAGAAUUGUCAAACAACACACUUAUAUUCUGGAACCAAUUACAGGAAGUGCAAAGUAUACAAAGCUAAGGGCAAAUGGAUUUGUUAAGAGUGAUCAACCUUUGCAGAAUGCAACAGUGAAUUUGGAUGAUGUCAUUCUCUGUUUAUCAAAGGAUGGAUACAAGGAUAUGUUAAAACUAGCUGAUCACUUUUCUGCCUUUAAUCAACGCUUAAAAUAUGCACAUUUUCGUCCACAUGUUUCCGUGAAAUCUGAUCCUCGUUCUUGGUGGAAGUAUGCUUAUAGAGCUGUAUCUGACCAAGUGAAGAAGGGAAGAUUGAAUCAAAAGAUUGUACUGAGUAUUUUGUGUCUUGGAAAGGAGCUAUAUAUAGAUACUGCAAGUCAUGUUUUUGUUGUCUUUGCUUCAACUGCUAAUCA